UAUGUGGGGUAUACAACAUUCGGCCCAACCCUAAACUUUAGAAACCUCUCAGCUCCCCUCACUCAUAUGGAAUGCAGUUCUGAGGCUCGAAUUGAUGAAGCUCGUUGCAGAUGCGCAUAUUGUCAUGCGAUUGUUCAUCUGUUGUGACUGGAAAUCUGGAAUGAAUGACCUGUUAUUUCUGGGCCGAGGGAGGCUUCCCCUCUUGCCCAGGCUCAGGGACGGGCCUGCUCCUACUCCAUGCUUUACUUUUCGAAGACAAUUUUUCAACACUUCCAGACUGCCCUUUGUCACCAAUUAUUCAAAACCCACCUCCAUUGUUCAGCCUAAGUCUCUGACGAAUGCUGGGUAUUCUUAUGCCGCUCAUCCCAGUCUAUCAGUAUCUCUCGAAGGCUCCACACAUCAUUCCGCUAGACUAAGUGUGCUGAUGAAGAAAUUGGAAGAGCUUGGCAUUGAAGGUCACCAGUCUAUACCGGGCCAGUAUUCUCAUUUGUUAUGUCCUAUGUGCAAAGGUGGUGAUUCGGGUGAGCAUUCCUUAUCUUUGAACAUAAGUGAUGAUGGGAAUAGUGCGGUGUGGCUUUGUUUCCGUGGAAAAUGUGGUUGGCAGGGCAAUACGAUGGCUAAAGCUGAUGUUCGGUUGUCUCAUGGGAAGUUAAACCAAAUUCUUAAAGGUAAAAGAACAGGAUUGACGGAGAAGGAUCUUGGCCUAGAGCCACUCUGCGAUGAGCUACUUGCAUAUUUCGCGGAGAGAAUGAUAACUGCCGAAACAUUGAGGAGAAACUAUGUUAUGCAGAAAUCUGUUGGUGGUCAGAUUGUCAUUGCAUUUACUUACAGGCGAAAUGGAGUUCUGAUUAGCUGCAAAUAUCGCGACGUCACCAAGAAAUUUUGGCAGGAAGCUGAUACUGAAAAGAUAUUUUAUGGACUCGAUGAUAUCCAUAAUGCAAGUGAUAUAAUUAUUGUUGAAGGAGAAAUGGACAAGCUGGCGAUGCAAGAAGCUGGCUUCCACAACUGUGUUAGUGUGCCUGAUGGUGCACCUCCUAAAGUUUCAAAGAAAGAUGUUCCAACUCCAGAUCAGGACACAAAGUAUCAGUAUUUGUGGAACUGUAAGGAAUACUUUGAAAAGGCGACCAGAAUAAUAUUAGCAACUGACGGUGAUCGUCCCGGCCAAGCAUUGUCUGAGGAGCUUGCUCGCCGCCUUGGGCGAGAAAGAUGUUGGCGGGUUAAAUGGCCAAAAAAAAAUGACACUGACGACUUCAAAGAUGCAAAUGAGGUACUUAUGUACUUGGGGCCAGAAAAACUUAAGGAAACAAUUGACAAUGCGGAGCUAUAUCCAAUUCGUGGGCUGUUUGCUUUCAGAGACUACUUUGAUGAAAUUGAUGCAUAUUACCAUAGGGUUCUUGGGGACGAGCUUGGUGUAUCUACUGGCUGGAGGUGUUUGGAUGAGUAUUACAAUGUUGUACCUGGUGAAUUGACCAUAGUGACUGGUGUUCCUAAUUCUGGAAAGAGUGAAUGGAUUGAUGCUUUAUUAUGCAACCUCAAUAGAAGUUUUGGUUGGAAAUUUGCACUUUGCUCAAUGGAGAACAAGGUUCGUGAGCAUGCAAGAAAACUUUUGGAGAAGCAUGUUAAAAAACCAUUUUUUGAUGUUCGGUAUGCUGCGUCUCUUGAGCGAAUGACCAAAGAAGAAUUGGAGCAAGGAAAGGAAUGGUUGGAUAAUACAUUCCAUCUUAUUCGGUGUGAGAAUGAUAGCCUUCCAAACAUCAAAUGGGUUCUUGAUCUAGCAAAAGCUGCGGUUUUGAGGCAUGGUGUACGAGGCGUUGUAAUUGACCCGUACAAUGAGCUUGACCAUCAACGUCAAGGCAGUAUGACAGAAACAGAGUAUGUCAGCCAGGUUCUCACAAUGGUCAAGCGAUUCGCUCAACACCACUCUUGCCAUGUUUGGUUUGUAGCUCAUCCUAGACAGAUGCACAACUGGGCUGGGGAGGCUCCUAAUCUUUAUGACAUCAGCGGUAGCGCACAUUUCAUUAACAAAUGCGAUAAUGGAAUUGUAAUACAUCGUAACAGGGAUCCUGAGGCUGGGCCAAUUGAUAGAGUGCAGAUAUGUGUAAGAAAGGUCCGGAAUAAGGUUGCUGGCACAAUUGGUGAUGCUUUUUUGUCUUAUAACAGUAUGCGGGUCCGGUGGUGGUCCAGGCUUCUUGGCCUACAAAUGUGGCCUUGGUGGUGGCCAGAUCAUGGGUGGAGUUGAUAGAUUUAGUGGUGGGUCUCAUAGUGAAGCAACUAUUAGAAGAUUUGAGCGUGGAGGUGCCGGGGGUUGCGGAUCCGGCAGUGGACCUGGUGGUUCCUUGAGAAAUGGAAGCUACAGUGGUGGUGUAUUGGGUGGACGAGGAGAGUUCUUCCAAGUUAAUUCCCUCGCUAGUGUUUUGAGUGGUGGUUCGGUUGACCGUAGUGGUCGUGCCGGAGAUUUUGAUGGUGGUAAUCGACGGUGGAAAUUAUUAGGGAGCUUGUAUCAGAACUUUCGAGAGAGAGAGGAAGAAGUGUAUAGAAGAAGCUCCCUUGAAUCAGUAAUUGCCUUGGAGAAGAAGACUAUUCUAGAAGAUCUUCCUAGUAAGGGUAAUCUUGUAAAAGAAUUGAAGGAUGACAUCAUGAUUGAGGGUAAGGUUUGUGGUAACUACCCUCUGCAAGGGAGUAAUAUGUCACGUGGGAACAAGGAAGAACCAAAAAGAGACUCAAUAGAUUGGGUUGUAUAAUCAAGCUUUAAAAGUUGGGGUUGUAAAAAGUCACAAAGCCCAAAGAUUGGCCCAGUCUCAUUCAAAUCACAACUUUUAAAACAUAUCCUUCCUUAUUCUCCCAACCCACAUGUUGAUGGCCUACUUAAGAGAAAUAAGCCAGGGCCCAAAUUUGAUCAUCCCUUUUCCAACCCCCCAUUCCUAUGUCCCAAUUGUUCUACCUACCUAUCCAGCCAACAAACUCAACUUAUAAACCAAGAAAAUCUGGUUUUUCCCAAACAAGACUCAAUUAUCCAGCCAGCUUACUAAACCAAAAAAUCCUACAAUCCAACCACCCACUUCAUUGUUCAUUCAGUCCGCCAAAUCCUCUACUACUCCCAUCAAAGCUACUGAAUUUUUUUUGCCAUCCCAAUUCAAAUUCUACCCACUUCAGUCAUAGCCAGACAUUUACCCUGGAUAAGCUGCUGAGCUUUUCUGCCAUGGGCAAGGUACGUAUGCAACUGAAAUCAACGCAGGGCAAAAAGGAGAUGAAACAACACUGUAAACAGUCAGAAGGCAGUAACCACUAUUUUCGAGGUCGGGCCUGUAGUGCAAAUUACUAUCCACCUUGAGGACAAGGUGAAUGUUGGGCGGCCGGUAUUGUAAUAGACUAGCCUAGGGAGAGGGGCACUUUUGGUAUUAUAUAAUUAGUUAGUUUUAAUUAUAACUUGAAGAAUAAGCUAGGGAGCUAGGGAGAAAAUAUCUCUAUAAAUAGAAUGGAAUAGGGAGAGAAAAAGGAUGUUGAAUAUUGAGUGGUAUUUUGAGUGAACUUUUAAGAGUUCUUUGGGAGAGAGCAAGCCUCUCGAAAGCUUGUAAACACUAUAUCUAUUUUACUGUUUUUUUUUCCAGAAAAUCAUCAAUCAAGUCCAUUUUACUUCUUAA